UUUGAUGAUCCGCGAUAAUUUGGCAAGGGAUAUCUCCUAUGUUGAUCUACCUCAUCCUAUUAUCACUACGAUAUCGUUCAUGCAAUCCUUUCUUUCAAUCGUGAUCAUGGCUUGGUAGUGUCUUGACUAAACCAGUGUUCUCAGAUAGGACCAAACCGUCUCAUCCAUCCUGCCAGAAUGGCCCGCGACCGGGACGGCCUCCUCUCCGAGAAGCACUAUGACAAUGACGCACCUGUUGUUCCCUCCGAUGCCGACUCCGAGUCAGAAAGCGAAAUUGAGGCAACGAGCCUUGACACUGUCCAAGAUACGGACAGAAAUAUCUUAAAUGAGACAGAAGAGCAUGAACAACUACUACGCAAACCUGGCAGACUGGAGGCUGCCAGGGGAGCCUUGGGGCUGCGAGAAAGCAGAAACAAGCGCCGAAAGGACAAGUCAAGAAUAUCCAAGAGAGGUGGCAAAGAGGAGUCAGACAUGAUGUUUGAGAUGGAAAGCGGUUUCAAGGACACAAGCUCGCAAUCAUCUACAGAUACCGAGACUGAGGGAACGAGAUGGGAUAGAAGUGCGCCCGCGAAAUCGCAUCGAGGCCGUCUCACUCUGAUAUACCUCGCUAUCGUCGCGCUGUUCGUGUCUCUGGUCUUUGGUGCAUACAAGGCCUCGCGAAGGCACGUCCUGAGUCCGACUGCCCACCGAUUACGUCCACUCUCCAAUGGUACACAUACCUUCCGUCCGACAACGAUACUCAUCUCUUUAGACGGGUUUCGCGCCGAUUUCCUCAACCGCGGCUUGACACCAGCCCUCAAUGCCUUCAUCGCUAGCGGCGUGUCGCCGAAAUACAUGCUUCCAUCGUUCCCUUCCGUCACUUUCCCUAAUCACUUCACACUCGUGACAGGCCUGUAUCCUGAAAGCCAUGGCAUUGUCAGUAACCAAUUCUGGGACCCGGAUUACCAAGAGGAGUUUUACUAUACAAACAUUGGAGUAUCGAUGCAACCGAAAUGGUGGACUGCCGAGCCGCUAUGGGUGACUGCCGAGCAUCAGGCUGUACGAUCCGCCAUACACAUGUGGCCUGGAUCUGAAGCACAUAUCCCGGACGUCGAGCCGACAUAUAUCGACAAGUACAAUGGAUCCGAAGCACUUACGCGGAAAGUCGACCGAAUACUAGGGUGGCUGGAUUUGCCAGGCGAUGACGACGUUGAACAAGCGGACGAGAGAAGACCUCAAUUCAUUGCAGCAUACGUUCCAAAUGUUGAUUCGGAUGGUCACAAAUACGGACCCAACAGCACCGAGAUCAGAGCAACCAUCGCCGACGUGGACAGCAUGUUCAUCGAGCUCGUGGAGGGCUUAUAUGCACGCAACUUGUCUGAGAUCAUCAACCUCGUGGUUGUGUCAGAUCAUGGCAUGGCAACAACCUCGAAUCAUCGUCUCAUUCAACUCGAUAAUCUGAUUGACAUGUCACUGGUCGACCACAUUGACGGAUGGCCACUGCGAGGUCUGCGUUUGAAGAACCCAGAUCGCGACGUCCCAAUUCUCUACGAGCAGCUGUCGAAAGAAGCCUCGAAAGCAGGCAGCUUCGAUGUCUACACUCUCGAUACGAUGCCUGAACGCUAUCACUUCUCCAACAACGACAGAAUAGCUCCGCUGUGGAUCGUCCCAAAGACCGGUUGGGCCGUGGUUGAGAAGUCGGAUUUUGACGUAGCCGAAGCACUUGCUACCGGUAAAGAGUACGAGCCGAAGGGUUUACAUGGCUACGACCACGAGCAUCCCCUGAUGCGAGCGAUUUUUGUGGCUCGAGGCCCUGCUUUCCCACAUGAACCCAACAGUAGACUUGCACCCUUCCAGAAUACUGAGGUGUACAACAUUGUUUGUGACUCACUAGGGGUUGUGCCUCAUCCAAACAACGGAACCUUACGGCUUCCGCUUAAGACACAGGGUCUGCACAGUGACGCCGAUGCGCCAGCGCUAGGCACUCCUGCAGAUCCGGUUGACGAGGACAAACAAGAAGACGAGUUAAAGCCGGAAGGUCCACAAGAUGACACUUCACCUGAUGUCAAUGAUGCGACAGAACCUGAAAAGCCCGGUGAGCCAGAAAAUGAUGCCGACGACCCCGACGACCCCGACAAGUCAAAGAGUAACUGGUGGAAAUUCCUCCACGACGGACUCGAAAAGGCCAAAGAGUGGGCCAAGGAGUUUGUCGAGUCGAUCAAAGGGAACAAGAAGGGCGAAGGUGAUCCUCCUGUGUGAACUUGGAAUGGUGGAAGACAUGAUCGUUUCGAAAACACCAGCAUUCCAUACACUCACAUCUGCUUGAUAUCGAGCAACGAGUGACUGUAGGCAGCAACGUCUCGAGACAUCGUUGAGCCAGGGAUAAUGAUUCCUUCUUUUGCCCCACAACCACGAAGACUGUCCUCCAUGUCGGUCAAAACUCUCGCCAGGGCAGCAGUGCACCUCCUACUUCGCGCCCUGUAGGGCAGAAAAGCACCCGACAGGACGGCACAUCGAACCGUUUGCUCAAUUGACCCCUUUCUCACAUUCCUAGCUUCGGGCUGGUUAGGCGGCUACAUGGUCACGUUCGAGGCUUUUUUGUGGUCAUUUGACGGCAUCGCGUGACAAGAAAGGCACGGGAGCCAGAAGUGAUUGAUAGGGCUGGUCGUGAGUUUUAAACAUGAAGUUGAGGGCGCGGACAGUUCAGCGCGUCCGGAAGAGAUCCGCCUCGUAAGGAAGAUAAGACAUCAGCGAUGCAGCGAACAUUGCAUUAGAUCAAGCCGCGCGGAGUUGGAAGCUCACAGUGAGAGGAUGUGCAGGAUUCAAGGCUUUGAUAUCCAUGCUAGUAUGUUUAGAUAUUGGCGGCGCAGGUCAUGGCGUGGACUACGACGUCUUGAUGAUGCGGCCACCCACUGCGUAACUGUUGAAUGUCGAGAAGCAGGCGUCCAAAGGGGCAGCCCGCGUUUCCAUCGC